AUGACCCAGAGACAUGGAGCUGCUUUCUCCGGCAGCGGCUGCGAUCGGCUUCAGAGAGCGGCGCUCAGAGCCGGGGUGUGGGAGCCUCGCUGGGAGAAAGGAGCGGAGAGAAUUUACAAGUGCGGGAUACAGAUACUCAGGGAGUUCGUGACUCAAGAGACUUGCCAACUGCUGGUUGGGAAGACGAUUGGUCAGCCAGAGAGUCAAAGGUCAGGGAGGUCGGGAGCCUUCAAUAAAUCCUGCCGCCAGCUUCUGGCAACAAAUGGCCACAAACCGAUCAAAGGUGAAAGUGACGGUGAACCAGACAGAGCAGUCAGUGGCUGCAUAAAGCAGGACGGCGUGGAUAUUACACACGGGGACGAAGUACAGGAAAUAAAACUGUUCCAGAUAAACAAUGGGAAUGUGUCUCAGGAUCAGGUCAAGGAUAAUGACCAGGAGAUCCGCCGCUGCCAUGGCCCCCAGGUAUCUGUGUUACCUGUUUGGAUACAGGAUUGGCUGGCCAGCAGAAGACAGCAAGUGGUAGCGGAAGGAAAAUAUUCUGCCUGGAAGUCUGUGAAUCCCAGCAGUGUGGAAACAAGCCCUUCGGCCCAACAAGUAAAUACCAACUUUCCAAAGAGUAACCUUCCCAGUUACCUUACAGUUACCACUGACUAGUGCACCUAAAGUAGAAAUCGCGGAACACGAUGGACUAUUUGACCAAUCCACUUGAAUUAUACAGCUUUGGGCUGUGGGAGGAAACGGGAGCACCCAUCAGAAACUCACACAGACAAGGGGAGAAGAUCCAAACUCCACACAGAUAGUCGCCUGAGGCUGGAAUUGAACUCACGUCUCCCUGAUGCUGUGAUGGAACAGUGCGAACUACUGAGCCACUGUGCUAACCUGGAACCUCCUGCCAGCCUAAUGCAAAGGGAAUUCAGCCAAAUCCAACUCUCCCAGGAUAAAAUCCCAUUGCUAGCAGCUGUGUGAGUGGAAUACCUUCAGAAGCAGAAUAACAUUUUGGAGAAUCUCACAAUUUUUCCUUUUGUCAUGAGUUACACUAAUAUUUGGAUAAGGUUCUUUCAACGUGAAAUUGCACAGGUGUGUGUGUGUGUGUGUGUGUGUGUGUGUGUGUGUGUGUGUGUGUGUGUGUGUGUGUGUGUGUGUGUGUGUGUGUGUGUGUGUGUGUGUGUGUGUGUGUGUGUGUGUCAGUGGUUUUAGAAUGGGAAAUAUCGAGUCUUUAUUUGCAAUACGCAAACAGUUUGCCAUCCAUCUUUCCAUCAUAGGUGAAGUAACAUUGCUCUGGAUCGUAAACGUGUUGUUUUAGCAGAUUACAGACACUAGCCUGACUUGUUCCUAAAACUGACCGUGACCCAGU